AUGACCUCUAUUCAUUCUGAUUAUUUAAAUGAUGAUCGAUUAACAUCGGCGACGAAAAACGAUCUGAUAACCACAACAACAAGUACGGUGAUGGUUGAACCAAAUUUAGUUGAUUAUAGAAUGGAUAAAAUUGAUUCAAAAAGAAAUCGUUAUCCACAUUGUUUAGUUUGGACACCUAUACCUUGUUUAACAUGGCUAUUACCGUUUAUUGGACAUAUGGGCAUUGGAAGAACCGAUGGCGUUAUCAGAGAUUUUGCUGGACCCUAUUAUGUUUCUGAAGACAAUAUGGCAUUCGGACGACCCACGCGUUAUUUACAAUUAGAUUUAAAUCGAAUACCAGACUCUAAUCCUCGAGGUCUCUUUGAUAAAGCUGUUGAACAAGCGUCCGAUGAAUACAAAAAGAGAAUGCAUAAUUUAUGUUGCGAUAAUUGUCAUUCUCAUGUCGCCAUGGCAUUAAACACAAUGAAUUAUAGUCAAAAACAAUCAUACAAUAUGUUCUAUUUAACGUUUUGGAUGUUUUGUUGUGGAAAAUUCGUAAGCUUUCUUGGAUUUGUAUUAACGUGGUUACCAUUUCUUAUUUUGAUUGGUAUUAUUGUUGGUUUAAGCGUAUUUUUCAAAGUUAAACAUUAA